AUGGGGCUGGAAGCUUUAGUAGAAUCUUACGCAUUCUGGAGACCGUCACUGAGAACACUUACAUUUGAAGAUAUACCUGGGAUUGCAAAACAAGGAAACACUAGUUCUUCCAGUUUGCUCCAAGGAUCUGCCAAUGGGGUACCAUCUACUCAUCCACAUCUCCUUCCUGGGUCACCUUGUUCUUCUCCUGCUUUUCAUCUCACUCCCAAUACUAGCCAGUUCUGCAGCCUUGCUUCAGCUGACUAUACGGCCUGUGCUCGCUCAGGUCUAACCCUUAACAGGUACAGUACUUCCUUGACUGAAACCUACAACAGGCUUGCAAAUCAAACCAGUGAGACCUUUGCAACUCCAGGAACCCCCUCUUACGUUGGCGUACCAAACGGUUCAGCUGUGAAUAUGCCUGUGGCAGCAUCACUGCCACUACACAUACCUAUGUUGAAGAGGUGGAGGGGCAAACUGGCUGCAAGUCCUGAGAAAAUUGUUUCUUCCCAAGGAACUUUCUUGGGGUCAUCACCAAGUGGAACCAUGACUGAUCGGCAGAUGUUGCCCCCUGUAGAAGGAGUGCACUUAUUUAGCAAUGGGGGGCAGCAAAAUUUCUUUGACUCUAGGACCCUAGGAAGCUUAACACUGUCAUCAUCUCAAGUAUCUGCACAUAUGGUUUGAUAAAUACUUCUAAAAUAAAAGUACAGUGCAUUUCUUUUUACAAUGUACCCCCCUCUUUUGGAAAAAUGCCAAGGUGAUUAAUAUGACUUGUAAUUGUAUAAAUAACAACAAAAGAAAAUAGUUUGAAUCUUUUGAUUUGCCUGUGGGCAAAUAUUUGGAUAGAUUCUGGCAUCUGAGUUAAUCUGAUUUAGUUAUCGGAAUAGUCCAUUUAGUUUCUGAGUAGCAUGCACUUCAUUUUAUAACACGUUUGGCCAUAUGCAACAAAUUAAGCAGGACUUCCUCCAGCACUCUUUCCCACAUUUUUCCUUCUUUAAGGAACAAAACAACACUCAAAUCUGAUGUAUAUGAAACAAAAAACAUUUCACCAUGUAUACGUUGUACUUGUGUAUUAUAUGUUUGUGUACAAACUAGUCUGAAUACAGUGAGCCAGUGCCAUAAUGCGUACAUUACUUCUCUGUUGUAAGAGACAUAACCAACCUUCACUAGACUUAAUCUAGACAUCAAGUUACAUCAUGCUUUCAAAACAAAGAGACAGGAUCAUUUUCUUUUUCAGCUUUUAUGAUGUACUGGUUGAUUCUGUGCUGUGCUCUUGUCCUUAUGAUGCAUUGCUAACAUAGGACUAUCUGCUGGCUUUGCAUCAAAUUGCAGAUGUAGUGUGACAACUAAAUUAUGGAGUGAAAGGGCAAUAUGUAAUGUUUUGUACAAAAUAAAUUUAAAGGAGACUUAUUCCAUGUGAAGAAAGUAUAAAGAUUUUCUAUAUAGAUUUUCUAUUUUUUAAUUAUUGAACAUAGUACUACAAACACAACAAGACAAGAUUUCUAAACCUUUCUGUAUCUUUCUUGUUGAGGAUAAUGUUUCAAGAUGAUAAGGCAGUUGGGUGUAUUUUCACACCAUUCUGUAAAACUGCAAAAAAAUUACCCACAUACUUUUCUCCCAGUAUAAGUGAUUAGACUUGAAUGCUAACUUCUUUUGAAUUUACCAGAAACAAAACAUGGUGUUUAGUAAUUGUUGAUGAUUUGAACUUUAUUCCAGUGACAACAUCUUGCACUGUAUUAAUAAGUUGUUUCCAAAUUUUGACUGGAUAUUAAAAUCAGGUAUUAAUACAAAAAGCUGCACACCUCAGAUUUGAUAGUUCCUAAAAAUUAUGUACAUGACCUUUGAAAUUACAUUAUUGUGCAGCAAAGUAACUGCAAUGGGUCCAUUUCCCCCCCAUUUUUAUGGCUAGCAGUUCUUCCAUUCACCAACCUUUCAAAAUUUUUAUAUUAGGAACAUGUCCUACUAGAGAUUUAAUUCCAAAAAGAUUCUUCAGGAUGUGUAGUGGCACAAAAAUACAUUUCAGCAGCUAUGUAAAGUAUCUGUAUCUUUUUCUAGGACCAUGCAAUUGCUAUCUGAUCCCAGGAAAAGAUGUAAUUGCUUUAAAUGGUUGCCAACGGGCUUAGUUCAUGCUGCUGUGCAUUCUGAAGCACUUUUUGAAAUCAAAUUUAAAACUUUGCCCAGUGCUAAUUUUUUAUCUCCUGCAAUGUGCAAAUCCUUAAAACUUUUAUCCCCAAAUAUAACUUUGUUGGAAUAAAUUAGACUGCAUUGUAUAAACACACUUGGUUUUAUUUUUUCUGAAAUAUUUAUUUGAAUGACUAUAACUGUUAAUAAAAUAAGAGGCCAGAGUACAGACGUUCUAUAAAGCAAUCUUUACAAUUUUGGAAAAAAAUCAAGGGAAAAUUCAACAUUAUUAUGCUAUCUGUUUUCCAGUAUACUAUACACGGAACAAGGAGACCUAAUCUGGGCCAAUAGGUACAAUGACUGGCCGUUUGUAUCACUUCUCCAAUGUUUCAGAUUGUACUUAUAAGCAAAAUAAAGGCUGUCUUAAUUAUAAAUCUUGCCAAGUGCAUAUGUUAUUCUGGUUUUGCUUCUUUAUUUUGAAUCUAAAUUCCAAAUUCCGACUAGAGUAAUUUGAAUUCUCAGGGCACGGUCUGCUAUACAGGUUCAGGUCCAAGCAUAUUAUC